AAUUCGCAUGCCAUAAAUUGCCAACCUGGUUAAGUCACGGGAUGUAUCUUCAUUAUGAGCUCAGAAGAUCUGUCCGAAUUUGAACCCAAAGGCAUUUCGAACUGCCAGAAGUUGAAGCUACUGCUAUGGAAGAAUUGGAUACUUCAAUGGAGUGGAAAAUUGCAAAUUGUCUUGACUAUUCUUUUGGUAGUAGUACUUUUAUUGCUUAUCAUGUUACUACGCAUAUUCGUGAAACCGGAAGUCGUACCAGAGACACGUUUUCCGACUAUUACCAUAGACAAUCUGGAAGUCUACCUGAAGUCAGUGCCGAAAGGAAUAAUUUUCAUACAUGACAACGGUACAUUUAAUAUGCCUAAACAUGUACUAUGUUAUACACCAAAAAGCACUACAAAUGACGGUAUCAUCUCGGAGACUGUAAAGCUACUGAAACUAAAUGGCUCCCGGCCCUAUAAUACUUCUGAGCACCUGGAGUUCGAUGUUGUGAAACAUAAUUAUAUAGCCGGCGUUGUAUUUGAAUCUACUAAUGUUGGAAAAGACGGUGGGAAGAUUCCACAGAUUCUCAAAUAUUCGUUGCGUUUUCCCAGCGAAUUGCGCACCAACAAUCAACUAUUAACUUGGAUGACUGAUCAAGUUUUCCCUCAAAUUGACUCUGUCGGCCCGCGUAAUAGAGACAACAAUACUGGAGGCUCGCCCGUUGGAUACAUAAUGGAAGGUUUCUUACCAAUACAAAAUGCCGUGACCAUGUCCUGGUUAAAGCUAGCCACCGACUCGAAAGUUGCAUCGUUACCAAAAGUACAGCUGAGACGAUUUCCGUAUAACACCUACGACGACGACGUUCUCAUACCACUGCUAGGAGGCAUGUUGCCAUUAUGGUUAUUGUUCUGCUUUAUCUAUCCAUGCGCUAUGAUAACGAAGUAUGUGGCAACUGAGAAAGAAGCACAGCUGAAGGAGAUCAUGAAACUUCUUGACCUGCACAAUUGGAUUCACUGGUUGGCAUGGUUUAUCAAGAGCUAUGUGGUUCUUAUGGUUGUUGCGAUUAUAGUUACGUUGAUGCUUCUUCUCGGAAUUUUUGCUCCUCCUAUACUUACAUAUUCCAGUUUCUUCCCAAUGAUUUUUUUUUUCCAUUUUUACGUAGUGUCGUGCGUCUGUUUUAGUUUCAUGGUGGCCGUCUUCUUCAACAGGGCCAGUUCUGCGACCGCUAUCAUGGUCAUCUGGUGUUUUGCUUCCUUUAUUCCUUUUUCAUACGUUAAUAGUUUUUACCAUGAAAUUGGAAUUGCGCCCAAGCUAAUUACUUGUGUUGUCUUUACUAAUACUGCACUAGGACUAGGAGUUCGCACAAUUUUAGCGUUUGAAGGAAGUGGUGAAGGCCUUCGCUUUAGCAACAUGUUCAGCCGUGUCUCCGCAGAUGAUAGCUUCAGUUUAUUUUACGUGAUUGCCAUGUUAAUGUUGUCAUCUGUGAUAUACAUGAUUAUUUGCCUAUAUGUUGAGAUGAUACACCCCGGAAGAUAUGGCAUUGCACGAAAAUGGUAUUUUCCUUUCCAACGAAAUUUUUUGUACCCUCUAUUGGGAUUUUCAGCAGUUUCCCGUGAUAGCGAAAGUUCUUUUGACGAGCCUUGCUCGUGCCCCACCACUCAGUCUGAGCACGCGGUUGAGCAGGUUGGCAUUCAGAUAUGCAAUCUCCAAAAGCGCUUUGGUAAUCAUAUUGCUGUACAGUCUCUUAGUUUCAAUUUGUAUCGCGAUGAAAUAACCGUAUUGCUAGGGCACAACGGAGCUGGAAAAACAACAACCAUUCAAAUGCUUACCGGCAUUAUUCCACCAACCGCAGGCACAGCUUUUAUAAAUGGUUGCGAUAUCCGUACACAACUGGAUUGUGCUCGCAGCUCCAUGGGGAUUUGCCCGCAGCACAAUGUGCUCUUUGGUGAUAUGAGCGUGCGCAAUCAUAUAAAAUUCUUCGGUCGCCUGAAAGGCAUGGAAGGACAUGAGUUGAAGCGUGAGUUGAAAAAAUAUAUGGAGAUCAUGGAUUUGGAGAAAAAACAACGUACAGCCGCUCGAAAGCUAUCAGGUGGCAUGAAAAGAAAGCUUUCGCUCUGUUGUGCACUUUGUGGCAACACCAGAACAGUUCUGUGCGACGAGCCCAGCUCUGGACUAGACGUGGCGGCACGGCGGUAUCUAUGGGAUCUACUCCAAGCUGAAAAGAUGGGGCGUACCAUUUUGCUAACCACACACUAUAUGGAUGAAGCAGAUGCCCUGGCGGAUCGCAUCGCCAUUAUGUGCAAUGGCCAGCUACAAUGCUAUGAUACGUCGUUUAAUCUUAAAAAUACUUAUGACUCCGGCUACAGAUUAGUAUGCAUAAAGCAAGAAGGAUGCAAUGUUGAAAAAGUAACCGCAUACUUACGCAAAUAUAUAUCAAAUAUAAAGCUAGAAAACGAGGUAGGAAUGGACUUAACAUAUCGCCUGCCCGCUUCGAAAUCUGCAGUGUACGCAGAUAUGUUAAGUGGACUUGAGAGUAAAUCCAAAAAAUUGCACUUGAGUGGCUACGGUAUAAGCGCCGCUUCCUUGGAAGAUGUAUUUGAAAAGACCGGUGCGGAGAAGAGUAGGAACCCUGGUGGCCAACAGUUGGACGAAGGAGAACAUGCGACCAACAAAUCAAUACAAUUACGCUUUAGUGGUGGCAGAGAAAAUGGUAUCUUCAACGAAGACGUGUACGAAUCCAACUCACGUACCCGCUGUCGUAUGCGCUGGAGAGCUAUGCUAAGGAAAAAGGUCCUCACUACAAAACGAAGCUUAUGGAUACUUGUUAUGCAGCUUUUGUUGCCUCUUCUUUUCAUGGUGAUGACCCUGAGCAUUACAAUGAACUUAGAUCCCUUUCCAAAGCUUUUGCCUCUGGACAUAUCCUUUAAUAUAUAUCCUGACGCCUAUGUGGUGCUGGAAAAUAAAACAGGAAAGGAAACUGGUGGAAUCGCAACCGCAUAUGCUAAGCACGUCGAAGGUAAUUCUGGUAAGUUGCUAAAUACAAACGGCGCCAGCUUCGAAGAUUAUAUACUGGGUGCAGCAAAAGAGGAUCGAACAGGUGUUGAUAGGACAUACAUUGCUGGUGCGACUAUAUCAGAAAAGAACCUGACCGUCUGGUUGAACAAUAAGCCAUAUCAUACAGCGCCACUUACACUUAAUAUACUGCACAACGCUAUGGCCCGUCAUUUUUUGGGCCCAAAGGCAAGUAUACGUGUUACUAAUUAUCCCCUACCAUACAGUCAGGACACGGUUCAAAAGAGAACGCAAACAGCUGACUUCGGGGGCCUCAAUAUCGCUAUGAAUCUAACUAUGUGUAUGAGCUUCGUUAUUGCAUUUUUUGUGAUACCCGUGAUAAAGGAGCGCGAAGCACGGGCUAAACUGCUUCAGUUCCUUACCGGCGUUGAUGUCUAUUUAUAUUGGAUAUCGCAUCUACUGUGGGACUUUGCAAUUUUCGUUUUGUGUUCACUUAUUACAGUAAUCACUAUAGUUCUUUAUCAAGAGCCCGGUUACUCUACACUUUCGGAGAUAAUUCGCAAUUUGUUUUUGCUGCUGAUGUUUGGUUUUGCUGCCAUUCCUUUCGCCUAUAUGUUGGCCGGAUGGUCCAGUGAAAGUGCAGCAGGAUAUAUCCGCACCUCUCUUCUAGGUGCGAUUGGUGGACUAGUCUUGUUUUUUUUCCAUUAUUCAUUCGUUAUGGCUAACAAACAAUCAAUUGCGAAUAUAGUGGGCCCGGUUUUCCGCCUGCUUCCCCACUUUUGCCUUCUUUACGGAAUGAAUAGCCUUUAUGAAAACUACAAAGUUCGGAACAGAUGCAGCGCUCCAUAUAUCGAGAAGCUAACGAAUGGAAACCCCUGUUCCAUGAUCCCUCUUUGCUGUGAUAUUCCCGGCUAUUUUGGGUUUACAAAGCCCGGUAUAGGGACCGAAAUCAUAUAUCUCUUCCUGGAGGGCAUUUUACUGUUCCUAUUACUAUUAAUCUUAGAUUCAAAAAGGUGUACUGGAUUUCGUGAUUUCUUCAACGGUGUUUUCUCUAUUAUCUGCUGCAAUUACUCAAAUAGAGCGGAAGGCGGACAGGACUCAGCUAACAAUAACAAUGAUGUUGAUGUGGAACUUGAACGAGAAAUAAUUACUAAUAUGACAGAAGAUGAUCGAAAAAACAUGCCUCUGGUGGUCGACCGUAUCUGCAAAAAAUAUGGCGGCUUCACACCAGUUAAGGAAUUGUCGUUCUCCGUUGCGCGUUCCGAGUGUUUUGGAUUAUUGGGCGUUAAUGGUGCUGGAAAAUCGACCACUUUUAAAAUGCUCACUGGUGAUGUGAGUAUUACUAAAGGAAACGCCUAUGUAGAUGGUCUGAGCGUUAGAAAGCAAAUGCACAAGGUGUAUGAUCACAUUGGCUAUUGUCCACAAUAUGAUGCGUUGCUAGGAGAGCUAACCGGUAACGAGACUAUGCGGCUAUACUGUAUGCUUCGGGGCGUUCAUCAGCGUUACAUAAACAAUGUCUGUAAUGAUUUGGCAUCAGAAUUGGGCUUCAUUAAACAUAUUGACAAGCCAAUAAAAAACUACAGUGGAGGAAACAAGCGCAAGCUGAGUGUUGCCAUUGCACUCAUUACCGAUCCAUCGAUCCUAUAUCUAGAUGAGCCAUCGGCCGGUAUGGACCCAAGUGCUCGUCGACAAAUGUGGAAAUUGUUGGCGACGAUACGAGAUAUGGGAAAGGGUAUUGUCCUGACAUCCCACUGCAUGGAGGAAGUAGAGGCUUUAUGUACGCGAAUUGCCAUUAUGGUGGAUGGAAAUUUUAAGUGCAUUGGCUCUAUACAAUCCAUAAAAAACAAGUAUUCAAAGGGACUUGUACUUAAAAUCACAGUGGCCAGGGGGUCGCCAGCUAUGUCACGUUCGUCCCAACGUAGAUCAACAUCAAACCAACUAAGAUCACCAUCAUCCCAACGCAUGUCCACUUUAGAAGGAUCAUCAAGCCAACACAGAUCCACAUCUACCCAACGCAUGUCCGCUAUGGGUGCACGUUCUAGCAAUCGAGCAUCAACAUCAGCUGGCCAAAAAGAGUUUUCUUGCGAUAGAUGUGGGGACAAUGUAACAUUAGUCAAGAUAUUCAUAAAACAACAUUUACCCGAUUCUGUGUUACAAAAGGAGUUUCGCACUCAGCUCACUUACUUUGUACCGAAAGAGGACACAAAUUUGUCGAAGAUAUUUCACUUGAUUGAAAGCAAUCGCGCAAAAUUAAAUUUGGAAGACUACUCCAUUACGCAGACGACGUUAGAUGAAAUAUUUAUAGAGUUUGGAAAAAAAAAACAAAAAUAAAACAGUAACGUUGCUUCUUUUCCGAAUAAUUAAAUAGUGUUUUGAUUCUGAUAA